UGUAAUAAUGGCGAAAGCGAAUAAACGCGUUUGAAACAUUAGACUUUGCAGUGAAAACUAAGCAGUAAAAAUUGUUGUAAUUCGUUAAAAUUUGUGUGCAAAAGUAAAAUUAAUGGUUGUUAAGGAAGUUUUCCAUAAAUAAAAAGUAACGCACCUGCUAGCACGGUUACCAACUCAUUCACCAGCUUCAUAUACAGUUCGUCAGCUACGGCCAGCAAAAACGGGAUUACCACCUCAGCUGCAUAUGUGUGCGUGUCCGCCCGGAUAGUGGUGACUGGGUGCAUUUAUGUGUAGCGGUGGGUAUACAGAAAAGCAUAGAACAUCGACAUUGAGCUGAGCGAACAUAGCAGAGAAGAGAAAAGUUCAGAAAAGAUGGCCGAUCUGGACGCAGUGAAUCUCGGUCUCGACGACACGGAACGGGAUAUUGCGGAAGAACUGGAGAAUAGUUACGAUACAAGGAGUGAGGCUUCUGCGGCAAGUUCCGAUAGUACUACUACCAAUCCCAGUAUCAGUGACGUAAGCUCGGACUCGUCGGAUGACGAUGAUGAAGAGGAUAACACCGAGCGUAGAAAUGUUAGCACUAAGAAAGCCCUACAGAAAAAGAAAGGUAACAAGAAGAAGGAUGAGAAAGAACUCAAGAAAGAUGGGGAAAAAGAUGGCGGUGGAACGACCGCUACAACUAACAGUACCAAGAAGGAGCGGAAAUCUCGCAGCCGAAGUCCGCAGACUGCGGCCGCAAACACGGGCACCGAGACGAAACGAGGUCGCACCAAGAACAGCUCCGUCAAGAAUUCAGUGAAAUCAUAUGACUACGUGACAAAAAUAAACUAUCUCUUCCGGGAGACCCGUUUCUUCCUGAUCAAAUCAAACAAUACGGAAAAUGUAUCGAUUUCCAAAACUAAAGGCGUUUGGUCAACUCUUCCCCCGAAUGAGGCAAAUUUGAACCAGGCAUUCCGGGAAAGCCGUAAUGUUAUACUGAUAUUUUCUGUCAAAGAAAGUGGUAAGUUUGCAGGUUUUGCACGUAUGGCGGCGGAAGCGCGCCGGGAUUUACCAGCAGUGGAAUGGGUUCUUCCACCCGGAAUGUCAGCUAAAGCUCUCGGCGGUGUUAUUAAAAUAGACUGGGUGUGCAAGAAAGAGCUGGCUUUCACCAGCACCACUCAUUUGUAUAAUCCGUGGAAUGAAAAUAAGCCGGUUAAAAUUGGACGCGAUGGUCAAGAAAUUGAACCAAAAGUUGCUGAGGAACUAUGCCGGUUGUUCCCAGAGGACACGGCGAUUGAAAUGACUCCUAUAUUGAAGAAAUCGAAAGAGGCUUCUAAGCAGAUGAAGGAAAAGGUGGCUUCAAAGUCAUUCCGACGACCGCCGAAUUUUUCACGUCCAACUAGUGCGAUCCGUGGAAGAGGAGCUGGUGGUGGUGGAGGUGGCGGCGGUGGCGGUGGUCCAAUUCGUGGUGGCAGAAGAAAAAUGUUUCCUAACAAGGGACGUCCCGGAAUGUUUCCACCAUAUCGUAAGGAUAUUCGCCGUGGUCACGGUCAUGGUCAUGGCCAUGGUCACGGACCCCGGUUACAUCCAGGUGUUGAUCGCGCUGCCGCCGCUGCAGCCGUUGCUGCUUCGGCUGCCGGGUUUCACGGAUGGGAACGUUACAGUAGCACGGCGGCGGCCGAAGCGUAUGUUGCGGAUUACAUGCGUACCAUGCAACAUCAGCUUCCCCCUAUGCCGUAUGCUCCACCUCCCGGUUUUCCGGGAAUGCCCCUACCAUACGACGGUCUACCGCCACCACCACGCUACUACGAAGGUUUGCCCAUGCCGGAAUAUCCACUUCCACCGGGAGCGAUUCCCGGAAGUGUUACCGGUGCCGCCGGUGUUCCAACACAGCGUGGCGGUGCCUACGAUAAGUAUGAUGAGUUCAUGUGGAAGCCACCACCAGGUGGUCCCGGAUCAGCAAGCGUCCCUACGUCGAAUGCCGGUGCGGCAGGUUUACCGUCAAUGAAGGGACCACCACCACCGUUACCAAACUAUCAUGUUCCACCCCCGUCAGCACUUCCAGCCGGUCUGUCGCAUGGACGCAAAAAUGACCGGGGAGACGGUGGUCAACGGGAUCGUGACCGGAAUCACCGGAACGAUCGUAGUCAACGAGGCGGCAGAAGCUACAACAACAACCGGGAUCGGCGAUGAUUAUUUGAAGCAUUUCUCCACAUGGACCGAAUACCUACUGGCAGGUAUAGCCGUUGAUUUGUGCAGGAUGCACUCCGUGCGCAAUCGUUCGAGACAAAUCUUGAAACCGGAAGCCCACCGCAAAAAUCCGGUCCCGUUUAGAUUAGCAUUAGCGAAUGCAGUUACUAACAGAUCCACACCUUUACUUGUUGUUGUUGUUGUAGUUGUUCGUCGGCGAACAGAAACGACAUCAUCUUUAUCAUUCAUCAAAACCUUCCCCCCACCCCAACGAUUCCAGUGGAUGGAAGUCUGCUACCGCGCACAUACAGACACACGCAGACACACACACACACACCGGAAGUAGCAGCAAGUAGAUCGUGUUCUGGAUUUACCACUAGGAGGAAGUGAUAUUUGUGAUCUCUUCGUCGCUUGGCAAGACAUGAAAGCGAAGAAUAAACAGUGCUCUGAAGUGAAAACUUGUGCUCGUGAAAUCUCUUCUUGUGCGUUGCAACAAAAAAAAAAAAGCUCUACGACGGUUCCUCUUAAUGAACUUAGGCUUAUGCUAAAAGUGUGGUAUUUUCGGAAGCAAGUGAUUGUUUUCGCGGCAAAGAUGGAUUUUGUUACACAGAAAGAAAGCAAGAAAAAAAAAUGAAAUAAAAUUGCAAAGUUUGGGAAGAACUUUCCUGGCAGAUUGAUGGUAAAGUGCAAAUCUGUUCUAGGUGAAUUAAGAAAAUGAUAGUAUUCUCACGAUGAUGCUAAGAAAAGUUGCUACCAUUAGGGGAAAUAAUAGUGAUUGUCUGUCGAAGUAGAAAGGACACAGUAAGAGUGUGGAAAAAAGUGUUAACAGACAAUCCCAGAAAAAAAAUUAAUAAGAAUAAUUGUGUAAUCGUGUUUAGCAAGUUGAAAUGCAAAGCAAAUCUACAAUUAUUACUACUGCUAGUAUGCUAAUAAGAUAUUUACCUACACUAUAUAACAAAAGAAACAAUACAUAAAUAUUAUGUAUCGACAGGCAAAGCAAACAAGAAAAAUUAAAUUAUGAACUUUUACUAGUAAUCUAAUAAAGAUUAAGAAACCCAACCCAACCGAGUGAGAUGAACUUUUUCCCAAACUAGUGUGAUUAUGAAAGUAACCGUGUAUUCUUGGUGGAAUGCUUUUGUCCCCACUGCUAAACUACUCAAUGGGGGGACACAAGCAAGCUAAUGGACGACGGGGCAUACCGAAUACCGAGAAAUUGUGAUACCAGGCGUUACUUACUGGACUUUUCGAAAGUAACACCAAACUGCCUUCCUGAUUUUAAGAGGAAACCUCUCGCAAGAGAAUGCAGAAGAGCAAAUUGUGAUAUGGAAAUACGACUGUGUGUGGUGAAAUUUAGAGGACUCUCUUUCUCUCUUUCCGAAAAUGGGACUGAUUUUUAUAAAAUCGUUACUGAAUGUGUUCUUUAUUCGUCACCAAGUGACUAACCUAAACCCGUCGAAACUAAGAGACUGUAUGUUGGCCCUAGCCUAAUAAGAGAAACUUGCACGCAAUGUGUGCGAGCAGGGACGAAGCUUUUACUGGAUUCCAUGAAUCCGACCCGUCUUUGUUCCAUCCAACAUUUAACCGCAACUGGACUGACAAACUAACUCAAACCGUGAAUACCUUCAAAAAAAAAACGCAUCGGAGCUGGAGUGGCGUGGUGUGACGUGAAAGCUUACGAGUGGGUCGUUGAGUCAUGUCCUAACUCAACAUGUCAACAGCGGUUCCGGUUUUUGGUUUUGUAAAAUAAAAUGCUGUUUAUAACGUUACUUAUUGAUGAAACAGUGGUUCCUUAUACAAAUUUUGUAAUGCAAUUUAUUCUGUAUAUUUACAUUUGAUGUGGAAAGUCUAGUGUUUGUGCUGUAAUGUUGUAAAAACGUUAGAAAUCUACACCACUUGGGGUAAAUGAAACUGAAGGUGUGCGAAUGCGAAUCUCAGAACAUGACAAGCUA